AAAUUUCAAAAAUAUUAUUGAAUUAAAUUAAGCUACAACCAGUCCAUAUUAAAUAAAGUAAACCAGUACAAAAUGCGUAUUAGUCACCUGCGAACAUAACAGGUGUUGAGUUUUUAGCGUGCAAAAAAAAUGGAGCAUUCAAAUCAUAAUAAUAUUAUUUCGUCGUGGGAUUCGAUAAUAGAGCGAAUAGAGAGUAAUAUAGACAGUAAAGAUGAAUUUAAGGAACUAUUUACGUUGAUAUUCAACUCUUAUUGCUCAGAAUUGGAGAAAAACGAUAAUCACUCAGAAGUCCUUAAAUGUUUUGAAACUGCUUUAAAAUUAUAUGGCCAAGACAGUAAUAUUCUAGUGGAAUUAGGGUCAUUUUUCGUAAAAUUUAAUCGAGACGAGGAAGCGAGAGAGAUAUUCACUCAAGCGUACGAUAAUGACAGGAAGAAUCUACGAGCCUAUCAAAGCCUACAAAAUAUUAAAUCUAAAAUCCCAAGAUGGCACUUUAAAAUGCUCAACGAUGAGAUGAGAAAUGAAGCUUUCCGAAAAGCCAUAAAAUUUUGGAUUGAAAAGGAAGGCAAAGAUGAAGUGAUUGACAUUGGAACUGGAACUGGCUUAUUAUCACUAUAUGCAGCAGAAAGUGAGAAUGUCAAGAGCAUUAAUGCAAUCGAAGCUGACUCAGUGAUGUCUAACAUUGCAACAAAAGUAUUUAAUGAUAACAAUCAGUCUAAAAAAAUAGAAUUAAUUAAUAAGAAUUCAAUUGAUAUUGAAAUUGGAAAGGAUAUAAAAUCAAAAGCAUCGCUAGUUUAUUCGGAAAUCCUCGAUUGUGGUGUCUUUGGAGAAGGAAUUUUAGAUACUUUUAUUCAUGCAAAGGAGAAUCUACUUAAAGCGGACGGUAAAAUUGUGCCUCAUAAAGUUAUAAUCUAUGUUACUGGAUAUAACUCUAAAUCCUUAUGUUCUAAUCAUAUUCUACUUAAUGAUACCUUUAAUGAGUAUAUAUUUCUUGAUAAUUAUCGAUUAGUAGCUGAUAAUACAGAACCAUAUGAUGCAGAGUAUGUCGAUAGAAUUAAAGACUUUCGGUUAGUGACAAAUACAAGUAGUCCAUUAGAAGUAAACUUUAACUCAAUCAAAUCUAUGAAUCAGCACUUUGAUGGGAUUAUUAUGAAAAACUUUCAGCUACAAAGUGAAGCUAAUGACUACCUGGAUGGCUUUGUUGUUUGGUUUGAUCUCUUUUUAAAUGAAAUGGACCCGACAAAUGUUAUCUCGACAAAGCCACAAUCCAAUUCGUGCUGGAAUCAAGCCAUUUUUAAGCUACGCGAGAGAGUUCUUUUGCAAAAAUAUGAAAUAAUAAAAUUAACAAUCUCUUGUAGAGAUGGAAUCCUUAAAAUUGAUCAUACAAUUGAUGAACAUUUGGAUACUGUGAACAUUCCUAUAGAUCCAUAUAUCCUUAAAUUCUUAAAUGAUGAAGAUUACCUGGAGCAUUUAGAAUAUGCAGCAAAUGAGUACAAAGGAAAUAUUAAGAAUUGCCUUGACUUGUCACCUUUUCCAUAUAUUGGAUUUUUAAUGCUAAAAGAAUCGCGUGCCGAGCAGCUUUGGUGUUCUAAGAAUAAUGAGAAUAUAUUGAAGUUAUUGGCAACGAAAAAUUGUAUAGACAGUAAACAAAUUGUUUUUGUGGACGAGAAUGAAUUAUCUGAAUUCCUUGAUGCUCGAUUUGACUUAAUUAUAUUAAAUCCAUUUCAUGAGCUUGGUGACUUAAAUAGUGACAUAUGUAAUAAUUUUAUUUUAUAUCAAAAACUCCUGAGUAGUGACAGUAGCCUCUUGAUUCCAUAUAAAAUUAGUCUAUUUGGCGAGCUCAUCAAUAGUGAUUGGCUGUCAACGUCUUGUAGUGUCGUAAAUGAAAAUAUUAAGAAACUUAAAAUAGAUAAAUAUAUCAAUGAAUAUUCCACUGAAUUAUUUUUAGAUAUUGAACACUUUCAUGAGUACGAGAAAUUGACAGAUGAAUUUAGAAUAGCUUCAAUCGUCAUGAAUGAUGACUGUCACGAGAAAACUGUUCAGCCAUUAAUGAGAAAUACUAACUUGCCAUGCACGGCAAUUCUUUUAUUCUUUAAGAUUCAAAUGACAAUACGUACAAAUAGGGAAUUUUCAACUCAUAGGUCCGCUAAAAACUGUUUCUUUCGUAAAUUUGCUCACAUCUUACCAAAAGAAAAAUUAAUUAAUAAUGCUCAUGCGAAGGUUCGUUUCAUGCAAAACUAUGGUAUACUUAAAAUUGAAUGUGACUAAAUAAAGCGUCUAGAAUUGAUAAUGGGAUGACUUUUAAAAAGC